UGUGUUUUUUUCUUUUAAGGGCUUUACUGGAGGAUAUGGCAUAUGGAUCUUGUUCAGUCUGCAGUCCUGUAUAGCGUAAUGACCCUCAUCAGUACCUAUCUGGUAGCUUUUGCAUAUAAGAACGUCAAGUUUGUUCUCAAACACAAAGUAGCACAGAAAAGAGAAGACGCUGUUUCCAAAGAAGUUACUCGCAAGCUGUCUGAGGCAGACAAUAGGAAGAUGUCUCGUAAGGAGAAGGAUGAAAGAAUUCUGUGGAAGAAAAAUGAAGUUGCAGAUUAUGAAGCAACAACUUUUUCCAUCUUCUACAACAAUACUCUCUUUCUGGUCUUGGUCAUCAUUGCUUCAUUUUUCGUGCUGAAGAACUUCAACCCCACUGUAAACUAUAUUCUUUCUAUAAGUGCUUCAUCUGGACUGAUUGCUCUGCUAUCUACAGGAUCCAAGUAGACAGAAAAAAUCCACAGCAAUUUAUUUCUGUGAGAGGGUUCAACUGCCAUACAAAACUUUAAGAGUGGAAUAGGAAUACAUUUUUUUUAUAGUGUGACUGCUUGGAGUAUGGGGGGGAGGGUUUGAAU